AUGCGCUUCGCUGGCAGCCUCAUCCUUGGCCUUUUGGCAGUCAACGGCUUGGCCCAAACCAUGGUUCCCGAUCAAGACGCAGAACCCUCUGCCAUCGCAGAACCCUCUGCCAUCGCACAACCAGAACCAUCAGCGCCUGCUGCUGAGCCCUCAAAUCCUGCUCAAGAUCAACCCUCAGAUCCUGCCGAUGACGAAGAUGCACAACCGACAAAUGCAGACAAUGUACCAUCUGCCACAAAUGGCCCAGAGCCGACAGCUGUUCAACCAUCGGAUGAAGCCUCCCAAGCUUCAGGAGACGAGCAGCCCACUGCGACGGCGAGCGGUGACGAUGAAGAUGCCUCAACAGCCGAAGGCACAGCGACAGCAGAUGUGAUUGAAGCCACCGCCACAGAUGCCGACGCGACAGCUACAGCGUCCGAGACCGGCGACGAUGAUUCGACCGACACAGCCACUGCGACGGCUACAUCCAGCUCUGCACCUACAAGCACCGGUGCUGUAGUGGAAGUCGAUCUCAAGAACGCUACAAUUGGCGAAAAUGCUGAACUUGUCAAAGUUGAUGGCAAGCCCGCCAUUAAAUUGAGCGCCCCCGCCAACGGUCAGGCAACGUUCAGCGUGGUAGUCGACAGCGACGAUGAAUUGAACACCGACGAGCUUAUCUACAUCGUCGCAUCCAUCCUCGUCGGCGAACCUAGCAGCGCGAAGCUCCGACGACGAGCUGACAAGACCGAUUGUACACUACAGAUCCAAGCGAACGGGCAGAAUGUCUAUGAGGAGCCGCUGUAUACCAACAAUGGCCAGUUCCAGGACGUUACCAGCAGCGGCAUCCAGUCUUCGGAUAAGCCCGAGGUGCAGGUCACGCAGAAGUGUGGCCAGAAGCCAUCGCCUCUUACUGUGAAUAACGUUCGCGUUGGAAACGAGAGUGGCGUCAAGUCAAGCGCUGGCUCUGGAGGCUCGGGCAGUGGUGGAAGCGGAAGUGGUAGCGGCAGCGGUAGCGGUAGCGGUGGAAAGGGCGGCAGCAGUGACAAGACAUCUACAGCGACUGGUGCUUCAGCCAGCGAGACUGGCGACUCUGGAAAUAUGGGUGCCAGGGCCAAGGCCAGCCUUGGAGCUCUUGCUGCUGCUGUCCUGGCUGCUGCCGCGCUGGUGUGA